UCCCCAGGAAUUGAUGCGCGUACACGUGGUGGGUCAUUAUGCUGCUGCACCUGUGUAGUGUGAAGAAUCUGUACCAGAACAGGUUUUUAGGCCUGGCCGCCAUGGCGUCUCCUUCUAGAAACUCCCAGAGCCGACGCCGGUGCAAGGAGCCUCUCCGAUACAGCUACAAUCCGGACCAGUUCCACAACAUGGACCUCAGGGGCGGCCCCCAUGAUGGCGUCACCAUUCCCCGCUCCACCAGCGACACCGACCUGGUCACCUCGGACAGCCGCUCCACGCUCAUGGUCAGCAGCUCCUACUACUCCAUCGGGCACUCUCAGGACCUGGUCAUCCACUGGGACAUAAAGGAGGAAGUGGACGCUGGGGACUGGAUUGGCAUGUACCUCAUUGAAUCAGCUGUCAUGGAAAUUGAUGUGUUUACCCAAAAGUCAAGUUAUAAUUGCUGGAAGGCCACAAGAGUCAACAGAUUCAACACCAGGUCCAUCCGAGGCCAGGCCUUCUGCCUUCAGGCUGUGCUCUGCAACAUUUGCACAUUCAGACACACAACACCGGAUUUAACAUCACAGAAAGUAAUGGAUUAUUAUGAGUAG